AUGAGGAGGUCACAUGAUUCCUAAUGAUACCAAACAGGGCCAGCCUAUACCCACUAGUUAGCAGGGAUGGUUCCUGGGGGACUGGAACUUGCAACCCCAUUAGUGUUUGGUAUCAAUCUGAUUGCCCACUUAUGGAUAUCAGCCUGCCCAUGUUUUUACUAUAAUAUUGGGUACUGGCAAGUACUGCUAUUAUAUUGGGGAAUCUUGACUGAAAAUAGCAACCUCCCUGCAGGGGAUUGUAAAUGACACUCCUACCUCAUGUAUAAGAUAAUGAGGGGAAUGUCCCAGCAGGCAAUAAAAAGGUGAUAGACCCAGUACCCAAUGUCAUGCAAAAGAGGCUCCAUGCAUGUGGAUUGUAUGCCCAUUGUUUCCUAACUCUUGCCUCGGAGGAUACAGCAAGAAAUUCUAAACUUGGUGACAAAUCUUGCCACAACCUAAGAAUGGCAGUAGUCAUCCGCUUACAGGGGCUUCCUCUUGUUGCUGGCUCAACUGAUAUCCGUCAUUUCUUUUCUGGAUUGCAUAUUCCUGAAGGAGGAGUUCAUAUUACUGGUGGAAAGCAUGGGGAGGCCUUUAUUAUAUUUCCAACAGAUGAAGAUGCUCGACGGGCAAUGAGCUGCUCAGGAGGCUUCAUAAAGAAAUCGCAAAUUGAUCUUUUUCUCAGUAGUAAGGCAGAAAUGCAACAUACCCUUGAGAUGAAUAGAAAAGGAAACAAAGAUUUGGGGGCAACACCUGAUAUUUCAAAACUGCUGAAUGUCAUGAAGAAAGGCAUUUAUCAGAAAAACAUGGUCCAUAAAAGCAAUGCAGAAGCUGGCUUUGAUGGGAAGGAAGAAAAUGUUCCAAGGCCAAAAUAUCAAGGGAACGAAGGCACAAUGCCAUUAAAAGAAAAUGGUUAUGGUUAUGUAUUUUUGAAUGGGCUUCCAUAUACAGCAGAUGAGCAUGAUGUUAAAGAAUUCUUUCAUGGUUUCGAUGUGGAAGAUAUAAACUUUUGUGUUCGUCAAAAUGGGGAUAAAGAUGGAAAAGCUUAUGUUAAAUUUGCCACUUUUCAGGAUGCAAAGGCAUCUCUUUCACGUCAUAAAGAAUACAUUGGUCAUAGAUACAUAUUUUUAAAACUGAGCAAUGAACAUGCGUGGAUUGAAGCUGUUAGCAAAACUAAUAGAAGGGAGGAGUCCGUUCAUAAUAAUAGGGAAUGGUCACCCAGAUUUUCUUCAAAAAAUCAUUCAAGAUCUCCAGGUCAUGGAUCCAGAUCUCCAAAGAUGCACAGGACAAGGUCGCGCUCACCUCAUAAUCAGCAGUUCCACUUACACCUCUUAAACAUGCCAUAUUCUGUGGAUAAAAAAGAUAUUAAAUUGUAUUUUGGUGAUCCAGAUAUUCCAGAUUCACAGGUUAAAUUCUUACUUGAUAGAAAAGGUGUUCGGACAAGAGAAGGCUUUGUUUCGGUCAAAAAUGAAAAAUUUUAUCAGAAAUGUCUUGGCUUACACAAAGGCCUUUUAAAUGGCCGUGAAGUUUGGGUAUACCCUAUUGCCGGAAAGGACAUGUCAGAGUUAAUUGAAUCCACAGAGCGACCACAGCUAGAAAGAAACACCUCCGAAGACUCUUCUCCAAAGAGAAAAUCCAGGGACCGUUCAAACCUAAAGAGAUGUAUGUAUUUGAGAAACUUUCCAUUUAAUGUUGGUAAAAGUGAAGUUCAAAAAUUCUUUGCUGGAUUUCCAGUGGAUGAACGUGAUAUUUUUCUGCUGUAUGAUAGUAGAGGUGUUGGUCUUGGUGAAGCGCUUGUUAUCUUUCCUUCGGAACACCACGCUAUCCUUGCUGAGGGCUUGAAUCAGCAGACCUUCUUGGGAACAGAAGUGUUACUCAGACGUAUUUCAGAAGAACAAAUGAAAGAACUUGCAGCCUUCCCUGAGGAUCAGAACGAGAGACAAUCCAAGCAAUCAACUACUUAUAGAGAUGAAUAUCCAGAAAUUGCUGAACAAAGUUUUGUAGAUUCUGAUGCAUGUGGCUCAUAUGACCAGCCCCAACCUUACAGGGCAGAUGACUUUGGACAUGUUUCUGGGAGCGGAAGGCGGUCCACGGAAAGGUUAAGAAGCCCAUAUAAUAUGAAUCAAAAUGAGCAGUAUGAGAGGUUUCAUAUGGGAAACCAGAACGUUACAGACUAUGAGUCUGGGCCAGUAAAUCGGCCAAGUUUAGGUGGAGCAUCAAUACGUUUGGAAAAUGUUCCAUAUACUGCUACUAUUGAAGAAAUUUUAGAUUUCUUUCAUGGUUAUAACGUGGUUCCUGAUUCUGUAAAAAUGGAUUACAACUCCAAAGGAACAGCUAUAGUACAUAUGGAAAACUAUUAUGAGGCUGCAGCUGCCAUUAAUGAACUAAAUGAAAGGCCUAUUGGACCACGUAAAGUUCAUAUGAGUCUAAUAAGGAGCUAAGACGGACCUGCAGUGGUAAAUGCUAUUCGUUAAUAAGAAACUGUCAAAUUAACCAUGAUAUUGUCCCAAUUCAUAAAAGGUCAUGCAUUUUUGUAUUGUUUAUAGUUAAGUCUAAUUUCAUACUUCCUUGCAUUAAUAGUCACAAGGUCCAUUAGAAGCAAUUUUUUGUUUAAUUCCUUGGUUUGCCUCCAUUGAGUUUAGUAACAUCAGUUAUGAUUCAUUUUGUGACUAUUUUUAAAUAUAAUAGUGUAAUUUGUUAAAAUAGAUGUGUAUUGAUAAAUUUUGGGAUUAAAACGUUUGAUUUAAACAGCCA